AUGACAUGCCUCAUGACACAGCUCCUCAUAGCAUCCCUGGCUGACACCUUUGAUGUGGAGUAUGCACGCCUUGCCAUCCUUCUAUCCUUCUAUGCAACAACGGAACAGACCAGUUUUGUUGCACUCUUUUGCUACCGCCUGGAUCUCUUUUCCAAACGAACCCAAUACAACUGGUUCACUAUUGCUGCUAUUCAAUCCUUUGUGGCCAAAUCUGCCAUUGCCAUCUUCUCUUUGGUCUACUUUUGUGUUAUCUUCUUUGUUCGCAAGGAAGCCGAUGACCAGCCAACCAACUGGAAAUGGUUUUGGAAGAUCUGCUUCAUUCCUCUUGUCCUUGCUCUCUUUGCUGCUCAACUCUACACCAGCCAGAUCCUCUGGCAACUCCGGAAGAAGUGUUGUGAGCAAGUAAGGAGAUCCACAAUUGGGAGCAAGAAUGCUGAUGCCCUUGACAAGAUUGAAGAAAUGGAAUCCGUUCAUGGCAGUGGUAUUACAAGUGUUACCAACCAAGAGAUUCCAAUCCUGGAGGAGGGUUUCACUAUUGAUGUGUAG